AUGGGUUCUACAUCCGUCUCCUGGGAGGUUUCCUCGUUCGAAGUCCAGGCCACUACACCCAACGCCACGAGUGAUGCUCUCUACGCCAAUGGCAACAUGCAGGUUCCUGUGAUUGUUGUUAUCAGUGUGGUUGAUCCAGACACAAACAAUGCCUAUGAACCGAAUGAUUCCGAGCUCGAGACAAUCAAACUUAUCGACUAUGACGACCCUCCCACGGAAAUAUCAGGAUCGUGGAAUUAUUCAGUCACAGAAAACGAAUUCGAACACGGGUUGCCAUCUACUAAAACGGCCAUCCAGCCUGACCUAUCUCUUGCGGCUGGGGGUCCUCAAAAGAAGCGUUACUGGGUUACGACGACGAAGAUCGAAGACAAGAGAAUCGGCGCUAGCAUCAUUCAGUCCGAUGGUACGAUUGACCACACCGGGGGUGGAACCUUUGAUUCCAAAGUCACUCUCGUGGGUACGAACCCGAUUACAUACAAUGUGGACGAUCUCAACUUUGAGCAGCAGGAGGAUGAUGUACACCAAGCGUUUCCAGACCAGAGCGGCGUUUGGGUACAACGGAACUUUUAUCUGACCACCAAGAAGUACGAACUCCGAAAAGCAGACCUUCAAGGCUAUAAUCUGGGCACGGUUGACCCCGCCCUGAAAUAUGCAACCGCUUAUUUUGACUAUGGUUACUUCAGUAUCUUCUACUAUUGGCCGAUGGGACCAAAAGAAACGCGAACAGUGGGGAUCGAUUCUCAUACGGCUGAGGUCACCAUAAACCAAAAAAGCAACGCCCUGUGUGUCACCGUUUUGGCUAUUUGGGCUCGUGGAACAUGGCCGGCCUCUAGGAAUUGGGAGGGUCGAAUUACGUUCUAUGAUCAAUUUGGAAACCCUGGCACUUUCUGGUUGGGCUACAAGGAGGGAUUCCUCACCCCCGAAAUCUUAGAACACGAAUAUACCAUAGAAGAAUGA